UCCUUCACACUAAUCAAGGUCAUGGGUCUCUUAAUAUUUUUCUUGGUCGCUUUUGCUGCCGCUUUUACAGUAAUAAUGAAUGAUAGACAGGGAUUUGAGAGGUUUAGCGUGUCUAUCUUAACUGGAGCAACGAUGACGAUGGGAGAGUUUGAUUUUAAACAGACAUUUCUCGGUGACCACUCUGAUUACAACACAUUUUAUCCACUACAGCUGGUCCUCCUUGCUGGUUUUCUCGUCGUUAUGCCUAUCAUUAUUAUGAACCUUCUGCUUGCCCUUGCCAUUGAUGAUACCAGUAGCAUUAUGCAACACGCUAAGCUGCAGAAACACAUUCAAACGGCGAAAAUGAUAAUUGACAUAGAACGGAAGAGGUCUUCAUUUCCAUGGCGAAGUAGAAAAACACUCAUACCUUGUUUACAGGAAAGACCCAACAAGACAUACAACUUUACCCGCGCCGUUUGGGAUUUUGUAUUUUACGGUCCUGAUUUUUCUACCAAUGUAGUCGAUGAGAGCCGGGAAGAAAUGGGAAAGAAACAAGACAUGUCAACGUUGAUUCAAAUGGUUAAAGAACUGCAAAGGCAGAAUGCUGUUUUGCAAAAUAAAAUGUUAGAGAUUCAAAACGAGUUUACAAUGGAAAGGAAUCGUAGAUCAAUCGAGUAUGUCCGAAUGAGUCAAGAUAAACAAAACGCUACUACUCAAUUUCGAGGUUACAGUGAGAGCAUAGAAACCUUCAAUCCAGAGGAGACAAGAACUGUGCCUAAGCGAAAGCCUUGGGAAAGAGUACAAAACGAUCAUAAGAAAUUCAGUGUACCGAAUGCAAGUGACUAUGGCGUCGGUGAUGAUUUGAAGUAUUCUGAAGGAGAUUUUGACGAAGAGAGAAAAGCAAGGGAGAACGAUCCCGAAUUAAAUGAAUUAAAGAGACAGCAUAGUCAAAUGGAUACAUACGAAGAUAAAGAUGGGGUAUUCGUUCAUGAUGAUGUAACAAUUUCUGUGAAUGAAAAUGAGGCUGAAGACAGUAGACUAUUUAAUAAUAAUGAUAAACUGUCAAUGAUUCUUCGUACUGAUUCCAGUGUUGUCUGAAAUGCUGAAACAGCAAAUCCUUAGGAACUCAUUCCACCGAGUUAACCACAAUAUGCUACUAUGGAAACUGUCCUAAAUAUGGUUAGAGAUUUCCCCAAAGUGGUAGCGCAUGAUUUUAACAAGAUGUGUCAUUUUGACAGGAAGAAAAUAGUUUUAAUGUGUUAUAAUUCUAGAAUACAAACCUUACUAACGCCCAUGGCAUGAUCUUUGGGCUUAGCGCAGCGUAGCAACUGUACCUUUUUUUUUAUAUGCAUAAAAAAUGUUAAAUAAAGGUUCCAAAACCAA